AGUUUUCAAAAAUUUUAUUGUCAAAAUUUAUGUACCUAAAAAAGCUAUGUCUGAAAGUAAAAACAUUUCGAAAUAAAGCAAUCUUUAUUUAUAAAUUAAGGUUAUCAUAUUCAACUUGAACUGCCAAAAACUCAGUUAGCAAAACGCGCGAAAGAGAUGCAAGCAAUAAUUGUGCUUCUUCUGCUUUUGAUCGGUGUUACGUGCAAAUCGACCUUUAAAAAUGUGCAAUUUUCCGGCUACCGACUCUACAAACAGGUCUUCGAACACAGAAUAAAGUCAUCCGAGGUACUACAUCCGUACAUUCCGAACGUAGAGUACGACACGAUUAAAAUAACAAAUCAAAACAUCCCUGUUUUAGUCAACGGUUCACUGUCUAACUUGUUCAAACUAGAUGAGCUGAUAAUCGACAGAAAUAAUAUAACACAAAUUGGGUCUGACGUAUUUUUCAACUUGCCGAGGUUAAGAGUACUGUCUAUAAGUGAUAAUGAAUUAAGUACGAUCGAUAGUGGCACAUUCAACAAGUUGAACGUAUCGUAUUUGACCUUAAGCCGUAACAAAAUUAAUUAUAUCGUUGAUUCUGCUUUUGAUGACAUGCCGAAUUUGAUACAGAUUGAUUUGAGUGAGAACUUAUUGAAUUCGAAAAAUUUGAUCCGAACUGCUAGUUUUCAUAACCUUGCGGGUGUCAGACGAUUUGGAUAUGUUAUUUUAAAUUUGACGAUUGAUUUAAGACACAACAGGCUUAGAGAAUUGCAUUCAAAUAUCUUUGAAGGCUUGACGAACGUUCAAGAGCUACUUAUGGACUAUAACUUUAUAAGUGAAGUUCAGGAAAAUGUUUUGCCACACAAAACGGAGUAUUUAGGAUUGACCCACAACAAUAUUUCUUGCUUUUAUGGUGACUUGAACAAGGUUCUUACUGCACAAGUGGUUAACAUUGAAAUGAACCCUUUGCAAUGUUCCUGCUACAAGAAAAUUAUCAAAUGGAGGAAGCGUAACAAACAUAUUAUCAAAUUGGAUAAAUUAUUACAAUGUGAUUCUUAAUUAAAUUAUAUUAACU